GCCGUGCCCCGCGCGGAGCGCUCCGGAAGGCGUUGGGCGGCGGUGAGGCGUUGGGCCGGGCCGGGCUCGGAGGGGUGUUGCUGGCAGCCCCGCAGGAGCGCUGCUGAGCCCGCUGUGGCACGGGCGGCUUUUGCUCCGAGGAACCGCCGGCAGAACGAGUCCCGCUGUUGGAAACGAACGACACAAUGACUACGUUGGAUGAUAAACUACUGGGCGAGAAGCUCCAGUAUUACUACAGCAGUAGCGAGGGUGAGGAUGAAGACAGUGAGAAGGAAGACAAAGAAGGGGAGAGCUCCAUUCCCGACAGCGUUGGGGAGGUAGAGCUUAGCAGCGAUGGCAGUGCAGUCAACACAGGUCCAAAAGGAGUCAUUAAUGACUGGCGAAGGUUUAAACAACUGGAGACAGAACAGAGACAGGAGCAGCGCAGAGAAAUGGAACGCCUCAUAAAGAAGUUGUCUAUGACAUGUAGAUCUCACUUAGAUGAGGAGACUGAUAAGCAGAAACAGAAAGAGCUUCAGGAAAAAAUCAAUGGAAAGAUGACAUUACAAGAAUAUAACAUGAUUCACAAUGAUGAAGAUGAUGAGGAAUUUUUACAACGGUACAGGAAGCAGCGAAUGGAGGAAAUGAGACAGCAGCUGUACAGUGGGCAGCAAUUUAAACAGGUUUUUGAGAUUACCAGCGGAGAAGCGUUUUUGGACACGGUUGAUAAAGAGCAUAAGAGCACUCUGAUCAUGAUCCAUAUUUAUGAAGAUGACAUCCCUGGCGCUGAAUCCCUGCAUGGCUGUAUGAUCUGUCUGGCUGCUGAGUAUCCAACAGUUAAAUUUUGCAAAGUAAAGAGUUCGCUCAUUGGUGCCAGCGCUCGCUUUACCAAUAAUGCUCUGCCAGCUUUGCUGGUCUAUAAGGCAGGUGAGCUCAUUGGCAAUUUUGUGCGGAUCACUGACCAGCUCGGAGAAGAUUUUUUUGCUGUAGACCUGGAGGCUUUUUUGCAGGAGUGUGGUCUGCUUCCAGAAAAAGACCUAGUGCUCCUGACUUCUAUACAUAAUCCAUCUGCGUGUUACAGUGAAGACAGUGACCUGGAAAUAGACUGAACCACUUACGCCGUGGGGCCAGUAGGUGUAGUUGUGUUGUGGGAUGUUCUUAUGCUAGGGGUUGUUCCCUUCCUUCCCUAGUGUGGGUAUGUGAUUCUUCCCCUCCGUGCACUUGGACUUUUGCUUGUUAAAAUUUUCUUUAAAAUAACUUAAAGCAUUCCUAACGUUUUCUUAAAUUAACUCAGCUAAAAUGUAUUUUACUAAGCAUGAAGUUCUAACGCAAUUCAGUAAUUAAGUUUUUAGGCAUUCAUGUCUUCUGUUAACCUGAAUUUGAACUGCUGCCAGUGAGAUUACACAGCAAGGUCUCAUCUUCCAUUCUGCAGCUUUCAGUCCCCUCCUUGGAACUGUUGUUCUAACAAUCGGCAUCAAAUUUUUGUUCAGUACUCACUUGCAAAUAACAACAGCUCCUGACCUGAUCCUGAAAAUUGCUUUUCAGCUGAAGAGGGCUCUUCUUUCUUUAACCUCGUCUGAGACUUAAAUGGGAAAAUCUUCCUUCUGGCACAGCUCUUAAAGCAUUCUUAGGUUUUAAAAUACCUACCACUAGAAUUCAUGACAGUCACUUCAGCAGAAAAUAAUCUCUGCCUCUUCAGAGACAGAGAACCAACGUACGUCCUGGGGAGCAUCAGGGAGAGUUUUGUUGGCAAAAUGCAAAAUUGGGACUUGACUAGCCUCAGAAUUUCUUAUAUCUUGAAAUCCUCAAAAAUUAAGUAAGUGCUGAUGUUUGUCUCUGUCUGUCUGCAUAUAACCUGCUUAAGCUGGGUCUUCAGAUGCAUUUUGAAUAUUAAUAAUCCCUGGACCUGACAGAUGACUGGAAGGCUUCGUGGGAAGUGAGCCCUGGGCCAAUAGACAAGCUACUGAAUGGGAGCUCCCUUGUCUGAAUCUCAGCAUGUAGUUUCUGCACAGUGUUAGGCAGGAGCAGAAGUGUUGCCACUGACCUGCUUUCCCUCUGAUGGCAGCUCUUUGGGAGCAUGGGUUUUUCUGUACAGUGCAUCGGCGGGGUUCACUGACAGAGAAGAUGCUGUGGAGUUGGGGUGAAGGCGUUGUAGCUGUAAAAGUUGCACAGUGACACUGGUGACUCUUUCCCCAAAAACUUAGAAUUUCCACUUCUGGACACAGCCAUGCAGCGCUGGCUGAGCCCUUUUGUCUUUUUGUUAAGUUAUUGCUCCUGAAUGCUGUAUAUUACGCUUCCCUUCUGCAGCAAGUUCGUCAUUACCAUUUGUUAGUGAUUAUAUUGCUAUUAAAGUGUAUUUGUUUCGUUUGUGCUCCACUUACUUUAUAGGUAAUAAUACUGGGAAGUAAUUUCUAGGGUUUCUACUGCAUUUGCAGUUCACCCUGCCUCCAGCAAGCAUAGCACUGUGACGUAACCCCAGCAGCGUUAGAAACCAUUAGCAGCACGUAGUGAAUGCAAGCAUGGAAACCUCCAAUGAUGCAGAGCAGGGCCACGGCUUUGCUGGCCAGAUGAUGUUUAAUCUCCCUGCACCUAGUGCAAAUGAGCAUGCUGGAUGUGUGCACUCUGUACUUGUUACUGAAUUAUAUCUCCUGCUCACUUAAUUCGAUGUUACGUUUGCUUUCUCACACAUGACUUACUGUGUUUGUUAUUUAAUUCUGAGGAAAGUAGUCUGUCCUUAUGUAAACACAAUGUAAUGCUAUGUUUAAUUAUGACAUUUAAUUACAAGUUUUGUGUGAGGCACUUCGGAGCACCGGCGAGAAGUGCAAAAAUUUCCUUGUAAGCACUAGGUUCAUAGUAAGAAUAGAUCUUAGGACAAGGAUAAGCAUUGAUAGUUGUAUGUAUUCAAACUAUUUUUAAAAGUAGUAUAAGCAGACGGCUAAAUAAUUUGUAAUUAAAAAUAGCUGAAAGAGCACGUUUAGCUGGCUUAAGGAAACUGGCAGAAAGCCAAAGUUUAAAAUGUAAGAGAUUCAAUUUACUUGAACUGGAGUUACUGCGUGGGGUAUCCUGCACUUUGGGAAAAAAGUCAAAGUAACUGUGAUUUGUGUUCAGGAUGAGAUUCAGUAAGUCUGUAGUGCAGACAGGCACAUGUUAGCACCACCAUAAAACCUGGUUUGGAGUGGGGAAGAGCUGACUCUGAGUUACUUUGAAGUUUUAUUUGUACCAAGCAGGGGUUGGGGCCCAUGGCUGUAAGCUGUAACAGGAUCAGAACCUCUCCUGCUGCUCCAUCUGAUGGCCUGCAGCAAGGCGACUCCUGGCUGUGAGGUUUUAGUGCUCAGGUAUUUGACAGAUGGUUUAUGCUGCCAGUAGCAAAGGGGGAAAAAGGUGCAUAGGAGAGAAGUUUGAAUCCAAUUCAUCAUUGAUCUGAAAGAAAAGAAGGAGCACAAGGGAGAAGAGGGGUAAAGAGAAGAUGUGUUAGUGCUGCUGAGAAGCAAGGCUGGAGUGCUGCUGUUGCUUUUGCCCGUUCCUGAAUGUUAAUCCUUCCAAACCAACCAGCCAGUAGUUCUGUGCUCCCAAACCCAGCAUUCUUAAUGCAUGUAAAGCAGCAUAGCAAAGUAGAACAGAUUUUAGGAUAGGUUUGUUAAUUUGUUACUGUCCAUUCAAUACAAGUAAGAACUACAGCUCAUACUAACACUGUAUCUGUAAAUGUUUUAGUUGAAGUCUGUUUUAUUUAUCUUAAUUUAAAUGAGGUCCUGACCUGUGGAUUAAAAACUGGAGUGUAUAUGCAUAUAUAUAUGCACAUUAUAGAUAUAUAUGCAUUAGAGAACUGAAAUUAAAAUGAAAUUGUACCAACGCGUUCCUACAAUAAAAGUUUUGAAACACUCUGGUUUGGCCGUGAGCGUCAGGGUUUGGGUUUGAGGCAGAUGCCUCUCCUUCCCUCCCAGCUGUUGUGCUCCGUCACCGUCAGAACUCCACUUGUAUGGAUGCAUUCCUACUAAAUUGCUUGACUUUGAAUAAAGGAAGCUUUUUAAUAUUGCCAAA